UUCUUCGUCUCUUUUGUAAAUUUAUACGAUUUGAAUUCUAUAGUUUCUUCGAUUAAUACGUUGAAUAACAUUAAUAUUCGAGUAGUAUUUUUUUUCUUUAAUUUUAUAGAAAGAAACCCUCAAUCUUAUUUUUUAAAACAAUCAUAGAUUUACAAAAAUGCUGGUUUUCCCUUGUUCGAUUUUAUGAUUGUUUAAGCUAUUACGGGGAAAUUUUAUAUUUGUUGGAAUAAACAACUGAUCAUGUAAUUGUUUUGUUUAAAAUCCUAGUAGGUUUAAUAUAAUAAUUAACAUCGUCAAAGUGGGAAUGUUUUCUUGUAUAUUGUGAGUUAAUUCUUCAAAUAUUUAGACCUUUGAUCUUUUACAAUAAGUUAACUUGUUUGAUUGUUAUUUUAGUACUUGCGUCCACAAGAUUCUCUGUCUUGUGUUUAUAGAAUGAUAUUUAACGAGUUUCCAACAUUCGCAAGAUUCAGCGGUUUUCUUUCUAACUGGUCUCAUAAUUCAUGCAAGCAGAACCGACAACAAGAUCUUCAUGAGUUCAAAAAACAGUCUGGCAUUCAACGUUUCCUGUAAAACGGGAAACAAGAAGGAUAUAAUUCCAGCUUGCAUUCUGUCAAACUUUUUCAAGAAUCCCAUUGUCAACUCGAAAAUCCACCAUGGUUUCCUCUCAAUUAACCGUUUUAAUGAAAAACGAACCUUGCAAAUCAUCCAAGAAUAAUUCACCAUCACCUGUGAGUCCUCUGGAUGUCAAUAUCCCUUUAGAUCAUGUUGAAUUCGACUUUUCCGAUGUGUUUGGUCCUCUACCACCUCAUGCUUCAAAUGAACAAGCUAGUCAUCAUGAAGAUUUUGAGAAACCAGCUGUUAUUUACAGCCGAUCACACCCCUCACCAGCUCAUGUGAUCAGUAAGCUAACCAUACAUGAAAAGGAUGAUUUAUAUGAUGAAGAAGCAUCGGUUGAUCAUCAUAAGGUCCAAAGUGUUGGGCUUGAAGAUUUUGAGGUGAUGAAGGUCGUUGGGAAAGGGGCGUUUGGAAAAGUUUAUCAGGUCAGAAAGAGAGACACAUGUGAGAUAUAUGCGAUGAAGGUUGUGCGUAAAGAUAAGAUUUUGGAGAAGAAUCAUGCUGAAUAUAUGAAAGCUGAACGCGAUAUACUAACAAAGAUUAAUCACCCAUUUGUCGUUCACCUUCGAUACUCUUUCCAGACUAAAUAUAGACUUUACCUUGUGUUGGAUUUUGUAAACGGAGGUCACCUUUUCUUCCAGCUACAUCGCCAUGGCCUAUUUAGAGAGGAUUUGGCACGUAUUUAUGCUGCAGAGAUCGUUUCGGCUGUUUGUCACCUUCAUGCAAAUGGCAUAAUGCAUAGAGAUCUUAAGCCUGAAAAUAUUCUUCUCGAUGCUGAUGGCCAUGCUUUGCUUACGGAUUUUGGGCUAGCAAAAGAAUUUGACACGAAUGCAAGAUCGAAUUCGUUAUGUGGGACUGUAGAAUACAUGUCACCUGAAAUUAUUCUUGGGAAGGGUCAUGAUAAGGCUGCAGAUUGGUGGAGUGUUGGAAUCCUGAUGUAUGAGAUGCUCACAGGCCAGCCACCUUUUCGUGGAGGGAAUCGGGAAAAGAUUCAGCAAAAGAUAGUGAAGGAGAAAAUGAAGCUACCUGCGUAUUUAUCAAGCGAAGCACAUUCGCUUCUGAAAGCUUUGCUACAAAAGGAUCCAAGCAAGAGACUUGGAAAUGGUGCGAUGGGAAGCGAUGAAAUAAAGCGGCAUAAAUGGUUCAAGCCCAUCAACUGGAAGAAACUGGAGAAUCGAGAAAUUCAGCCAAGUUUCCGACCUGAAGUUGCCGGCGACCAUUGUGUGGCUAACUUUGACAAAUGCUGGACGGACAUGCCGCUGACAGAGUCUCCGGCAUCCAGUCCUAAUGGCUCCACCACCCUCUUCCAGCGGUUUACAUAUGUGAAACCUGCAGUCUCGUUUCUUGAGAGUCAGAGUUCAGUAAUUCACUACACUGAUGUUCGUUAGAAUUUGGUUUAUCAUGAAAUUAAGCCGAUAUAAAAAUGGCGGCUGACUAUAGAUCUGUGUGAACCAUCUUUGAAUAUUUUCAAACAAUAGAAAAAUAAUAUUCAUUAACCAAAUUUGUAUG